AUGUCUCCCUUCUCCAGCAACUUUACCAACAAACAUGUCUUGGUUACAGGCGGCUCAAAGGGCAUUGGCAGAUCUAUCGUGGAACUUUUCCUAGCCGAAGGAGCAAACGUCUCUUUCUGUGCUCGCUCGAUUCGUGGAGAUGAAUUCUCGCUCUUCAAGGGCGCUGCAAACGGCGCUCGUGCCGUCGGUUCGGCUGUCGAUAUUGGGAACCCUGACGAGAUCAAGGCUUGGGUCGACCAAGCGGCCAAAGAAUUUGGUCGAAUUGACGCAGUCAUUGCCAAUGAGUUUGUUUGCAUAGCAUCCCCCUUGAUUGCUGAGGCAACCCCCGAAGCCUGGGAGAAGAGCUUCCGGGCAGACAUCAUGGGCUUGGUCACCUUCAUCGAGGCAUCAAUUCCCUACCUUGAAGAAAGGACCAAAGCUUCCGAGAAUGCCUCUAUUGUGGUCAUCAGCUCUAUGGCGGGCUUUGAAGCGAGACACCACGUCCCCGGCUCUCCUUACUCUGCCUUUAAGAGAGCUCAGGCGGUCCUAGCCAAAGACUAUGCUCGCAAGCUGGGCCCUCUGGGCAUUCGAAUCAACUCCAUUGCGCCUGGGUCCAUCGAGACUCCCAACAUCACGUGGCCUGAUGGUACGGUUCAGUGGAGUCAGUAUCAGAUUGUCAAGAGGGACAACUAUCCCUUUUACAAGUCGCUACUGGAUUCUGUGCCGCUGGGGCGAACGGGUGAACCGAAAGAGGUGGCUAACACUGUCAUGUUCCUCGCCAGCGGAUUGUCCAGCUACAUCAAUGGAACCAACAUUAUAGUUGAUGGAGGCUUGUCUUUGUUCUUCUAG